AUGCCCUCAACACCAUUACCUGACUACAAACACGCUGCAAACCAAACCGCUAAGGCAAGGGCCGCUGCUCAAGCUGCAAGCAGGAAGUCCUCCCCGAGCGCAGCGAUCAGCGCCGCCGACCGCAAAAAUGCUCUCCAGAUUGCGGCAGAGCAGAGAGCGGCGGCGGCGAGUGCAGCCAGAGCGGAUGCCCUUGGCCGGUCCGGCAGCAUCUCGAGCAAUACAGCAUCAAGCGGUGUCACGGCUCUAACCUCGAGCGAACCUGCCUCCAACGACGAAUUGGGCGCACGGCCCUUCACGCGACGCAACGGACGGCGAUAUCUACGAGACAUGAGCCUCUCCUACCCAUUACCAUGCGAUCUCGCCGAGAUUCACAGACAAACCUUGCGCACCAUGCUCCUAUGUCAGGUCUUCAAUGGCCCCGUCUGCUCGCCCUCCUUCGUCAAGAAACCUCCAAAUCGUGUCCUCGAGGUGGGCUGUGGCACGGGGUUCUGGAGCGUGAUGUGCCACCGGCAUUUUGCGCAACGGGGCUUCCCCUCGAUCCAGUUCACGGGAAUGGACAUUGCGCCGCUUGCGCCGCGGAUGGACUCAGACGACGACAUGAAGUGGACCUUUGUGCAACACGAUCUACGGCGGGUACCGUUGCCAUUCCGGGCAGACGAAUUCAACUUGGUCAUGAUUAAGGAUAUGAGCAUGGUUACACCGACGACGGGCUUGCAGCAACAAUUAAUGGACGAGUAUAUACGGAUUUUGAAGCCGGGAGGGACACUGGAGAUCUGGGAUGGGGAUCACUCCUUGCGGAUGCUGUUACCGCAUGCCCCGCCGACACCGAGGGGCGACGACGAGAGUGAGGGUGGGGAACAGGCGCUCACGAAUGCGAUGGGCACAUAUACUUUGACAUCUUCAACGCCAUUGGCAGCUCCACAGAAUCAAUAUCUAAACGACUACAAUGCCUGGGUAUCAAAAGCGCUGGAGGCGAGGCAGUUGACACCUAUGCCGUGCACAACCAUCCGGCCCAUGCUCCUCCAAGAAGCAGAGGUCCUAGUUGAAAUCGACUGCAGACGCCUGGCAAUUCCACUGGGCGAAGUACGCUGGGAGCGCGAAGGCGUAGGCGGAGCUGUAACCCAAGGGAGCAACGGUCAUGUCAUCUCCUCGAAAGGCAAAGCCAAGGAGCUCGAUAGGAGGGCCUUGACCGCAGGCCAAGCCGCACUGAGGAGGACCGCCCUCAUGACCGUCAUUGGCAUGAUCGAGAGCCUGGAGCCGCUGCUCAGAGAAGCGAGCGGCAAGGGCCAGGACGAAUGGGAUCGCUGGCAGGGCAACAUGAUGACGGAUCUGCUGAAGAGCGGAGGUACCUCCUGGGGAGAGUGUCUCGAGGUCGGAGCCUGGUGGGCGCGGAAGAAGAAACCGCCGCCUUGA